AUGGUCCACUUCUUGCACCCGUUGCUGUGGCCGCGGACCCUCGUCCUGCCCAACGCCCAGCAGGACGCGCAGGGCCACUGCUUGGUGCAGGAGGAAGCAUCGCCCUACCCUUUGGUCAACAUCUGCAUGGAUGUCUUAAUUGCCGAAUUGGACAAAUGGUGUUCUAAAAGACCUGAUGGAACAUUGUGUCUUCCAGAGCAUUGGUCUUUCCCUCACGAAAUAGCUGAUAAAUUCCUUGAGAGGAUGGCUUGGCAAGGCAAGCUGACCGACAGGACAGCAAGCAUUUUCCAAGGCAAGCAGAUGAGCCUGAAGCUGAUGAACAUUCGGAGAGUCAAACUCUCGGCAGCAGCCUUCACACAGGCCUUCUGCCAUCACAAGCUCACUGAAGUGGAUGCCACCUCAGCGGACUCCCAGCUUCUCGCCCCAGACAUCGUCCACGCUCUCCAGGGCAGUGCCUGGAUCCAGAAAAACCUUCAGUGUCUUGUGUUAGACUCGGUUAGCGUCCCUCAGAACUCAGGGCUACUGGCCUUGGGUCAGUUCACCGGCCUUCACACCUUGAGCCUUGCCAAUGUGUCCUUUCGCAACGAAGACCUAGUUGGCGUUUCUCAGUUACCCAGCCUGGAAAGCUUGGAUAUCUCCAAUACUCUGGUCACCGACAUCUCCGCACUCCUCUCCUGUAAGAACCGGCUCAGGUCCCUCACGAUGCACUAUCUGAAGUGCCUGGCCAUGAACAACCCACAGAUUCUCGACGUUAUCAGUCAGCUGAAAUGCCUGCUUCACCUUGAUAUUUCUGACCACAGGCAGCUCAAAUCAGACCUGGCUUUUUAUUUGUUACAGCAGAAGGACAUCCUGCCCAACCUCAUAUCCCUGGAUAUUUCGGGGGGCACCGACAUCACUGAUCAAGUUGUGGAAUCCUUUCUGCAGCACCGGCCUGCCAUGCGAUUUGUGGGACUCUUGCAUACAGAUGCUGGUUACUCUGAUUUCUUUAUGGGAAGGCAGGACUUGAAGGUUGCUGGAGGAGCCAACAUGAGUCAGAUUUCUGAAGCACUGAGUCGGUACAGGCACCGGUCAUGUUUUGUGAAGGAAGCGCUCUAUAGGCUCUUCACGGAAACACUUUCCUUGCGGGUCAUCAUGCCCGUCGUGCUAAAGCUUGUGGCUAUAGGAAUGAGGAACCAUCCGUUGGAUCUGCCAGUGCAGUUCACCGCCAGUGCUUGUGCCCUCAACCUAACUCAGCAGGGCCUGGCCAGGGGAAUGCCUGUCCGCCUGUUGUCGGAGAUCACCCAUCUCCUUUUCAAAGCAACGGAAAACUUCCCCUACUACCAGCAGUUACAGAAGAAUUGCCUUCUCUCCUUAACCAGUUCCAGGAUUCUUAUGGACGUUCCGUUUGACAGGUUUGAUGCUGCCAGGCUUGUUCUGAGGUGGGUGUGCAAGCGUGAGAGCCCAAAGGUGCAGACGAUGGCAGUGAGCAUCACCUCCAUCCUAGCCCUGAAGCUCUCCCCUGAGGAGAUGGAACAGUUCCAGGAGGAGCUUGCUUUAGCAGUCAAGGAACUUCUAACAAUCAUCAGACAAAAGAUGGCUGAGAAUUUAAGUGAUGUCACUCUCUUGUUUACUCUGAAAGCGCUUUGGAACCUUACGGAUGAGUGUCCAUUGGCCUGCAAGUACUUUAUUGAAAAUGAAGGAUUAGCAACCAUCGUCCAAGUCUUAGAGACAUUUUCAGUGUCUGCACUGAGCUAAAUCCCCAAAGUGCUUGGACUUUUUAACAACAUGGCUGAAGUCAGAGAGCUCUCUCCCGCACUGGUGACAGAAGAUUUGAUGGAACACAUCGUCAGUUUGCUCCACAGCAGCGACAUAGAAGUGAGCUUCUUGGCUGCAGGAGUAAUAGCCCACCUGACCUGUGACAGACAGCAAUGGCUAUCCCGAGGCCCGCAAAGGCGCGCUCUUCUCCAGGACUUGCACUUAACCGUCCAGAAUUGGCCAAGUUCACGGUGUGACAUGUCAGCAUUGGUGACCUACAGAUCUUUUAAAGCAUUUCCCCCACUCCUUGUCAACUUCUCUCAGCCAGAAGUUCAGCGCUGGGCACUGUGGGCCAUACAUCAUGUUUGCAGUAAAAACCCUAGACCUAAAGAGGUUUGA